ACAAUGAACAACUCAGACCUCCCCCUGUGAUGUGUUUGGUGUGUAGCUUAUAUCGGUGUGAAUCGGAAACGUUGCAUACUAGAGUAACAAACACCGUGUGUUGGUGUGUGUCACAACUUCCUUUUCAGCUGCAAACACCAGAUCGAGAAGCUCAGAAGAACACGAGAAAGUAAACAUCUGGAGUCAUUUUCUCAGCUUCCUUGCUGGACCUCUCUUUUUGGUUGACAUGUCAAACCCCGUCAUCACUCAGCCUGGCGCAGGCUCUUAUGGUACAAAUGUGCAGACAGGAGAGUGGAGUACUGGACUUUGUUCUUGCUGCAGUGACCUACUUGUCUGUGCCCUUGGCUGUAUCUGUCCAAUUGCUCUCAGCUGUUAUGCGGCAAACAAGUAUGGAGAAAAUGUAUGUCUCUCAUGUGUACCUGGAGGAAUGGCUGCCAUGAGGACACAUAUGCGACUGACCUAUGGAAUACAGGGCACAAUAUGCAAUGAUGCUUUGAUGACAUGUUGCUGUGGAAUAUUUGAAACAUGUCGAAUGGCCAGAGAAAUUCGUAUCAGGAAUGGAGAGGCCUAAUUACUGUCUUUACUAAGAACUAUGUUUCAGUCAAUGUUUAAUUCAAAUCAACAGUGUCAUGAAUUAAAUUAUAAUUUUAAUAAUAAAAAUUAUAACUGAA